AUGGCCAUUUCUAUUCUUAAUGGGCGUCCAAUUGCAGUCGAGCUUGAUGAAAGUCUCUCCGAUUACAAGCGCAUGCGUCAAUGGGAUAUGGCUUCUCUCUACUUCUACUUUUUCCACACGCUUUUUGUCAAGUUCAGUGUCCUUGGUCUCUGUUAUCGAAUAUUCGGCGUCAAUAGACCCUAUCGAAUCUGGAUUUACGUCAUUGGAGGUGCCCAAACAGUUUUGAUUCGCAAUGGUGGCACUGGUGAUGGUCAUGAUUCGACCUCGCCAAAUGCGCCCUGCUACAAAGUGGAGAUUGAGGUUUCUUUUUGGCAUCGGUUCGCUCUGGCUAGCGCCGCGGCGCUGGGCCGGACCUCACGAGAACGAGCAACAGCGUAUCUGAUGAAGCGGUCAAGCAAAGAAAGUGGAGGCAAUCUAAAUGAGAUGGACGGCCCCUACGACAGCUUCGAGCAGUCCAGGGACGACAAAUCGAUUGAUAAAGACCUUGUUCAUCCACAACCAAGCUACUACAACCACACAGAAGCAUAUGCCUUCACAAAUUACCCAAGCCAGACAGGGCCACAGACAGACCCGAGCGGCAUUCAUGUUCAAAGGCAAUUCGACAUGGUGUAG